AUGUGGCCUAACCCAUCAAAAAUUGCUGAAUUUAAAGUGAUGAACCUCAAAAAAGGUGAGGAAAUCCGGAAAGCAAGAGCCCAAUUAAAGCAAUACAAAAAAUACUGAGAAGAGGCUGAGAAAAAAGAAACUGAAGAUGCAUUAGCUAAAUAUUACAAAGUAGAGCAAGAGUAUCUUGAUGAGCUUGCUAGGCGGAAACGAGCGAAAUUGGAAUCUUUAAGGUCUUCUUCGCUAUUGAAAUCUAGAUCUUCCGAGUUAUCAUCAAUUCCAGAAGAGCCUCUUGCAUCUUCUCCACCAAAAAAUGUACUCCCAAAACAUUCAAUUCAUAACCUUUCCUUCCAAAAAUCUACUUCAAUAAAUAUUCACCCCUUACCAGUCACCAAAACUCCGAUUAUAAAAACGGCUGACUCAUCAAGCCAAUACGAAAUUUUUCAAAAUUUUCUAAAACACAAAGCUACAGAAACAGAAUUUUCUGAAGAAAAAGAAUUUUCUGAACAAAAAGAAAUAAAAUAUAAGAAAGCGAAAAUAAAUAAUAACGAAGACACGUCGACAGCAAAUGAAAGCGAACUUUCAUCUUUUGAGUCUCCAAGAAAAGAAAUUAUUACUAUAAGAGAAAGAAAUCUCCCACCUCCUAUGAUUCUGAAGCAGGUUUCAAAUGAUGUUAUGUUUAUACAUAUAAUUGAAAAACCUAAAGGCAUAAGAACUCACAAAAAGCAAAACACAGCUGGCAAUUUUGACUCCGGAUUAGACACAAACGAACUAAGCUACCAAAAAAGUUUAAAUAAAUCUUCUUCAGGCUCUGAAUGCAUGAUAACGGCAAGAUCCCAUUCUACAUCAAAAGAUUAUAAAGGAAAAUUCAACCAAUAUUACCACAUGUUCAGAGAAUUUCCCUUUGAUAAGUAAGAAAUAUUUAGAUCCAAAAAACGAGAAAGCGAAAAAUGAAAUAAAAUGAAAGAAUACUACGAAAAAAUAAAAAAUCAAUUUUCACCCGCAGUUAGCAUUAAAAAUAAAAUCGAAGUUGAUUUAAGGAAAAAUAAAACUCCGAGCAAGAGCAUUAAAGAUAUCCCGAAAAUAAAAAUUUCAGAGCUGGCUAAAAAACAAUAA